AGAUGCUCUGCCUGCUGUUUGCCCUGGGAGCGUUGGUGCUCAGCCUGGCAGGUGCCAUGGAGAUCCAGGUCCCGGAUGAGCCCAUUGUGGCUCUUUUCGGCCGAGAUGCCACCCUUCACUGCUCCUUUUCCCCCGAGGCCAACUUCAGCCUUGAUGACCUGAGCCUCAUCUGGCAGCUAACGGACACCCAGCGCUUGGUCCACAGCUUCUCCGGUGGCCGGGACCAGCUGGUAGAUCAGGGUGGGGGCUACACCAACCGUACGUCCCUCUUCUAUGACCAGCUGGCCCAGGGCAACGUCUCACUGCUCCUCCGACGCGUGGAGAUCUCGGAUGAGGGAAGCUUCACCUGUUUCGUCCGUGUCCGGGACUACAGCAGCGCAGCUGUGACGUUGCAGGUGGCAGCUCCAUACUCCAAGCCCAAUGUGAACCUGGAGCCCAACAAGGACUUGAAGCCAGGAGAUCUGGCAGCUGUGACUUGCCACGCUUCCCGUGGCUACCCUGAGGCCAGCGUCCUCUGGCAGGACAGCCAGGGCAGCAACAUCACGGAAAAUGUCACGACAUCCCAGGUGGCCAACGAAGAAGGUCUCUUUGACGUGCACAGUGUCCUCCAGGUGUUGGUGGAGCCCAGCAGCACCUACUCCUGCCUGGUGCGAAACCCGGUGCUGCAGCAGGAGGCCCAAGCUUCUGUCACCAUCACAGGCCAACACCUCGCCUUCCCUGCCGUGGCUCUCUGGGUGACGGUGGGACUUGCCAUCUGCGUCGUGGGGUUGCUUGGUGUCUUGGCGUACGUAUGCCAGAAGAAAAUCCGCCAGAGCUGUGAGGAAGAGGAGGAAAACGCAGGGACAGAGGAGCAGGACGAGGAGGGGGAAGAACCCAAGACAGCUCUGCAGCUGCUGAAGAGUACAGAGAGCAAAGACGAUAAUGAGCAAGAAAUUGAUUAA